AUGGACAUCCAUCUCGAGAAGCGGCGAAAGGGAGAGGGCAACGGAGCUACAAACACAAAGAGAAAGUUUGCAGAACCGGAGACCACUGAGACACAUCCUCCAAUUUAUUCUCCUGCCAAGGCUGUAAGGCAAGUCAAAGAUCUCGGCUUUGGAGUGCAAGCCUUCAAGAAGAGGAAGUCUAGGGAAACAUUUCCACCAAUUCACUCAUCCCCCAACACGACUCUAGGGAAAACACAGGUGGGAGCGCUCGGGCCCGGGGUGCAGACCGUCAAGAAGAGGAAGUUCGUAGGGGUAAGGCAGAGGCCGUCGGGGAAAUGGGUGGCGGAGAUCAAGAACACAACACAAAAGAUCAGAAUGUGGUUGGGGACUUUUGACACAGCUGAGGAAGCUGCACAAGCCUAUGAUGAAGCUGCUUGUCUCCUCAGAGGAUCCAACACAAGAACCAACUUCCUCAACCAUAUCCCUCCAAACCCAGCACUCUCCUUAAAGAUCAGAAACCUCCUCACCCAAAAACAACAAAACCUUAACAAAACCAAAACCCCCAACAACCUUAACAAAACCCCAAAACCCCCUACUAAUCCCCAAACUUUCCCCUCUCAGAUCCUUGGAGAUAAUAAUGCAUACAAGCCUAACUUCAUCCUAGGAGAAUUGGGAUAUGAUCAUCACCCACAAACACCAUUCCUCACGGAUUUCGACACGUUUCUCGUGACCCAACACCAAUCAUCCUCCAGUACAUAUGAGACCCGCAGUCUGCAGAUUCCUGAGCUAGAACAGAUGAAGGUGGAGAGGCAGAUAUGUGGAGGAUCAGUGUAUGGCGCCAUUAAUGGAGUGAAUGAGUAUUGGGAGAAUUCUUUAAGUGAUGCUUUCUUGGAUCUUCCCAUGAUAUGUCAAAUGUUUUGCCCAACUUAA